CAUUGGUUGGCUCCCCUUGCGUGAACGGUUGUGACGGAUUUCGAAGAUUAUCAUUAAUCAAUCGAUGCAUGCUUCGGAAAUAUUCUUCGUGUUGGUGAUGGAUUAUUUCCUCAAAUCUACAGACGAGGAUCGGGUCUUCGGGAUAAUUUUCUGGUGACGACAAGCGGGUUCCUGCAUGACGGGGCGCUGGUUUGGAAACACGCUUCGAUCCCCACUGCUACCCACCCUGGUACCGCCGUUUCGACCCACACAUGUCAUCUAAUCCACACCCGUUAUCAACAUUGUUGUGUCCUGCCAAGACCACUGCCAAUGUUUCUGUUUGAUUGCCAUUGGAUCUCACUGUUUAGCUGACCCUUUGAACUAUUGGCCGUGUUAUGCUGUGUCCAACACUGGGCGGCGUCAGAGCAGAGCUGGAUGCGGCGAGCCUCAUCUCUCUCCACCUUUCGUGUGGGGUCGGAAUUAAAGGGUCAUCAUGUUUUGGGCGUUUCCCAGCAAGCUGGAGCGGAGAAUCUUCUGCGAGAAGAAGCAUUGAAGACGGGACGACCUUGGUUGGAUGCGUAGGAACACAGUAUAAAGGGAACCAACUGCUCGACUUUUUGCGAAUCACCCAAGCAAGUGGUUCACAGUCUUUCAUUUUCAAAACUACCUCACACUCUUUCUCUUCCUUUCAUUCGUUGAUCGAUUUGGUUUUUUCAAAGUCAAACAUGAAGCUCACCAGCUCCGUCCUCGCCGCCGCGGCCCUCACCAACAGCGUCUCGGCCCACUACUUCUUCGACAAGCUCGUCGUCGAUGGCGUCGAGACCAAGGCCGGACAAUAUGUCCGCGCCAACACCCGCAAAGAAUCCUACAUGCCCACCAAGUGGAAGAACCCCAUCGACAACAUCACUCCCGAUGACACCGACUUCCGCUGCAACAAAGGCGCCUUCACCAACGCCGGCAAAACCCAAACCAUGGAAGUAAAAGCUGGCUCCAAACUCGGCAUGAAGCUCGGCGUAGGAGCAACCAUGCAGCACCCAGGCCCCCAGCUCGUGUACAUGUCCAAAGCCCCUACCACGGCGCAAGCGUACGAGGGUGACGGCGAUUGGUUUAAGAUCUUCGAGUCAGGCGUGUGCGACGAGAAGAAGGACUUCACCAAGCAAGCCUGGUGCUCGUGGGACAAAGACUCCAUUGAGUUCACCAUCCCCAAGGAUACCCCCGAUGGCGAGUACCUUGUUCGCUCCGAGCACAUUGCUCUCCACGGCGCACACGACGGGCAAGCGGAGUUCUACUACGAGUGCGCUCAAGUCAAGGUUGUCGGUGGUGGAAACGGUACUCCCGGCCCCAUGGUGAAGAUCCCCGGUGUCUACCAGAAGAACGACCCCGAGGUCAACUUUUCCUUGUGGAGUGGGUACAAGCCAUAUACUAUGCCUGGCCCCAGUGUCUGGUCUGGUGGCUCGACUGGCGGCGCUGCGGGCAAUGCUACGGCUGAGGAUGUUCCUUCUGCUACCGCGCCUGUGGCUGGAACUCCUUCUGCUUCUGCGGCGCCGGUUGCGAGUGCUGCUGCGCAUACGGAUAAGGACUGUGGAGGAAAGCUGGCGAGGACUCGUCGGGCUUUCAGGGAGAUGUUUUUGCUCAACAAGGACUAAGUGUGUCCUUCAAAUCCUUUUCUCAAGGAUGGAAGCAUCCCUAUUUGGAAAUUUCUUGGGGGAGAUAGGCCUUUUGGUGGUUGAUCCGCUUGGUGGUUUGAUGUUGUUUACUUCCUUUCUUUCUUUUCAGUGGAGAUACUUGCUUGUUUCUCCCUGCAACCAACUUUCAUGUAAAUAUAUAUCAUACGCGCAAUUGCGCUUCUUAAGCAAACCAAAAGGCUGCGUAUCAAAUUCACACACACAUUGCUCUCCUUUCCCUGCGGCUAAACAUGGUCUGCGGAUGU